AUGACUAAACUUUGCUUCCUCUGGAAAACAUCUUCUUGACUUUCGACUCAAAAUUCCUAUCGAAGCAACCCCAAAUCCUCGAAAGAUCAAAAUCAAGAGAAACACCCAUCUGGGAAUCGUGGGUACAGAGAGAUGGCUUACGUCGACCACGCCUUCUCCAUAUCGGACGAGGACAUCAUGAUGGAGACGUCCUACACCGUCAACAAUCGGCCGCCAAUCAAGGAGAUCGGCCUCGCCAUCGCUCUUCUUGUGUUCGGCACCAUCGGAAUUAUCCUGGGGAUCUACAUGACGUCCAACAAAAUUGGCGGUGACCGAGGUCACGGGCUUUUCUUUACAAUACUUGGUGCCAUUUUGUUUAUUCCUGGGUUCUAUUAUACACGGAUCGCAUACUAUGCAUACAAGGGAUAUAAAGGUUUCUCCUUCUCCAAUAUACCACCCGUGUAGAUGAUACCAGAUGUUUAGCUCCAUUGUCUCUUCUGUACAGAUGUUUCACUGAGUCUUGUACUGAGUCUUGUACUUUUUUAUUUUCAAUGUUGUAUUUUCUCUUCUUGUAUUGAAAAAUAAUGUCCACUACCAGCUGUAUGCUACCCUGAUCCUUACGAGCAAGGGGAUUGUUCACUUUUGUCCACACACAGUAGAAAUUAUGUUUCACCCAGACCCCUUGGUGUCCUUGUGGUUGUUUAAUAUCAAACAUCUAGUUUUUUACUCUCAAGAGCUCUUUUAAGUUAUAACUACUUUUUGCAUUUUCUGUGCAAGUAUCUGGUUUUUUUUUUUUUUCCCCUUAAUUUUGUUGAAGACAUAUGAAGAGUGUCUUAUCUAAAUAAAAAUCAUUGAAGCAA